AUGGCCUUCAACCAUUCAGCCCAACAAUUAAUAUCCAAAAUAAUACUAACAAAGGUUGCUGAAGAGACGCAGAGGAAGAGGAAAGCUCCUGAGGAGGUGGGCAAUGGCGAAAAUAGUGGGAGUGUUGGCCAUGGUAUUGAUGGCAUAAAUCCCCAAAACUCUCGUAGCAAUUUCGGCGUCUUGGUCGAAGAACCGUUGCUGGCUUGGGUGGAGGGUGGGGAGGAGCUGGGGUUUUGGGUUCAUAGGGCCUGGGAUGGAGGGUGGUUGUUGGAUGGGUUUGGGUGGAGAGUGGUUGUGGGAUGGGUUUGGGGGUUGGAGCUUGAGGGUGGUGGCCAUGGGGGAAUGGAGAGAGAGAGAGAGAGAGAGAGAGAGAGGGUGGUUGUUGGAUGGGUUUGGGUGGAGAGUGGUUGUGGGAUGGGUUUGGGGGUUGGAGCUUGA